AUGGGUUCCUCAUACCGCACCGAAGACAACGGCAAGAUCUCUGACCUUCCUCAGUUGCACCGCUACAUUACCGGCCACAACGCCGAUGGAAAGGCGGUUGUCCACAGCCAGAACGAUUUCGAGUGGAAGUCCUACGCUGAAGGUGAACUCGCCUUCAGCGUUGCCUACACGACAUCGGAAUUCCCAGUCAACCUCAACAAAGACGCCGACGUGGCGGAGCACACGCGAGUGCUGGAGUCGGGAAACCUCGGGCUGGUCAACCCACGCGGGACGGUUUUUCGCUGCGUGGACUUUGCGCCUGGCUACGCAUGCGGAAUGCAUCGAACGCAAAGCCUCGACUACGGCAUCGUGCUGGAGGGCGAGGUAGACAUGGUGCUUGACAGCGGGGAGGUGCACCCGAUGAAGCGGGGCGACGUUGCGAUUCAGCGGGCGACUCAACACCAAUGGGUCAACAAGAGCAAGACUGAGUGGGCGCGCAUGAUGUUUGUCUUGCAGGAUUGUCAGCCCCUGGUUGUCGGUGGUCAGGAGUACAAGGAGGACUUGGGCACCAACUCGGGCUUGCCGGCCAGUGGAAACUGA